UUCAAGGGGAGAAAACUCAUAAUUUGGAGUAAUAACUUUUUUAGCAGACAGCAUGGUUGGAAUCACAAAAGCAAACUUCGAGGAUGUUUUUCCAACAGUAGAAACUGCUAUAAGAAAGGCUGAAUUUAUAGCUUUAGAUGCAGAAUUCACUGGAUUACAACUAAACAAACAGACUAAAAGUACUUUAUUUGAUACAAGUGAAGAAAGAUAUGCAAAACUUAGAAGAACCAUAUCCAACAUAACAAUAUGUCAGAUAGGUGUCUCAGCAUUUGUGAAAGAUCCUGACUCAGAAAACAAAUAUAUAGCACACACCUUUAAUUUUCACCUGUACCCACCUGUAUUUGGACCUGUUGAUGUUAGGUUCACUUGUCAGGCUAGCAGUUUGAGGUUUCUUUGCAAGUACAAUUUUGAUUUCAAUAAGUUUAUAUAUGAUGGUAUUUCCUACCUAAAUGCUGAGCAAGAACAACAAAUACAACAGUAUCUGGAUAGAAAAGACUUGUUUCAAGGUGUAGAAAGAGAUGUGGAUGAAUCAGCGAUACAGAAGUUGUUAUCUACUGUAGCAGAGUGGAUGUUUGGUACAGAAACUGAUAAACCGCUAGAAAUAGUUAAAGAUGAUGAAGAUUUAUUGUAUACACAGGAUUAUAUAGUGCAUUCAGAAUUAAGAAAUAGAUUUCCAGAUAUAUGGACCACUAUAGAUAAAACUAAGAUAACAAUUGAGAAAAUAGGUGAAGAGAAGAGAAAAGCAUUAGAGAAAGAAGAAGUUCAGUCAAAAGAACAGCAAGCUACAUUAUUAAAAAACAGUUUAGUAGGAUUUACAAGAGUGUUUAGAUUACUCACUGAAGCAAAAAAGCCAAUACUAGGACACAAUAUGUUGAUGGACUUACUUCUUUAUUAUGACAAGUUUCACAAAUAUUUACCACGUAGUUAUAAAGAGUUUAAAUCAGAAAUACACAAAUUAUUUCCAGUUAUAAUUGAUACAAAACACAUAACAAAUUUCCUGAGAAAACCAUUAGAAAAUACUGGUUUACUGCAAUCAACAGCACUAGGCAGCUUGUAUGAGGCAUUUCACAGCCAGAAAGGACAACAAUAUGUGAUACACACACCAAGCAUAGCACUGGGACCUGGUUGUGAACAUUAUAUGGAAGCAGAGUUUCCACAUGAAGCUGGGUUUGAUUCCUACAUGUGUGGUUAUGUGUUUUUAAGAAUUGCUCAUAUUGAGACAUUUAGAGAUGUGUUGUCGACAGAGGUUGUGCCAUGUUCAUUUAGGAGGUAUCUUCAUUCUACCUCACAGUAUGUGAAUAAAAUCAAUAUUAUCAGAGCCAAUUUAAAUUAUCUGAGUAUUGAUUGUGAAGAUCCAGUUUCAGAAAGACCAGAUCUUUUAUUUGUUAGAUCAAAGAAAAAAUCCUAUAAACUAGAAGUAGGACAGAUAGCUCGAUGGUUUUCACCUUAUGGUUCAGUAGAUAUUAGUUUAAAAGGACCGUAUUCAGCACUAGUUGCAACAUCUCAUUUUGGAUGUGCUAGAGACAUUUUAAGAAAUUUCAAAAGACAUGAAAAAAUAGCAGUAUCAAAAUACAGUGUGUGGAAACAUUCUCCUGUUGUGAGGAAUGUUUUCAUAGCUGGGACAUUGUUAUCUGGUGGACUGUGUGCAUGGGUGUUAUGGUCUAGUAGAAAACAACCAGCAUGAAGACAAUAUAUGAAGUUUAGUCCAAUAUGUCUGUGAUACUUGAAUAAAUGUGUUCAUCUUU